CUUCUCAAAAGUUGGUAUGGAAGAAAAUAGAAGCCGAUUUUGCAAAACAUACAAACCUUCACUGGGAUAAAGGAAAACUUAAGCAUAAGGUGGAUUGGAUGAGACAUAAGUGGGGUCUUUGGAAACUAUUGAAAGGAAAGGAGACGGGAUUAGGAUGGGAUCCUGUAAAAAGUACCGUUGAUGCUACUGAUGAGUGGUGGAACAUGAAGAUUAAGGAGAAUUCAAAAUUUGGGCCACUUCGCGAAGAAGGGAUUGAACCAGAACUAGAAUAUAAGAUGGAUCAAAUGUUUGGUUUUUAUGCUCAAGGUGCUUUAAAAUACACUCCGGUGUCUAAUCUCCCGGAAGGUCAUAUGCAAACUGAAGAUGAUAAUGUGUAUGUUCCUUCUCCACCUCGUAGUGAUACUCC